GAAACCGAAUGUAGCGGUCAUUCAAGGUACUCGUUGACCUUGAGUUUCUGCAAUUGUUGUUGAGAUCUCAGGUCUAGUAAUAAUAUUGUUUGAUUUGAAUUGAAGAUUUCCUAUUUUAGUCAUAUUUUGACAAAACCUAUCCUUCCUAUUGUUCUGGGAUUAUUUUGCAUUUUUUCAACUGUAUACAACUGAUCAUAAUUAUUCUUGGAUAACAGUCAAGUUAACCUCUUAAUUUGGAAAGUACGACUUAAUGGACGAUCUUCAAAACGCUGUUUUCCUUAUGGCGACAAAAUUGUCUGUACAUAACUCAAAGCCACUAUGUAAUGCAGAAGUUGUCACUGUUCGUUGUCGUCAUGUUGUGAAGCACAUUCCUAGACGGUAUGUUAUGGCAUAUAUCUUAUCAUUAGCACAAAAGCAAUGCUUGAAUCUUGAGAAAGAAAGUUUUUCGUUUUUGAGCUAUGUUCCAGAAGUGUGGACAAGCCUAGUUGAUGUUAUUAGAUCUAUGAAUUCCGAUAAUUAUGAUUUUGGUUAUAUACAAACAGUCGCUUUAGAAUCAUUGAAGAAAGCUAUUAAGCUAUGUCAUGAUACAAUAGACAAAACAUUAUGUCAAUAUUAUUAUUCACGUGCUUCACUGAAUUCAUUAAAUUUAUUAUUGGAUACACAUUCAAUUGUGAACAGACGUAGACGUCAAGAAGAUCGUUGGUUUGCUGUUGCGGAUUUACUGUCUUAUGUUCCCUCGUAUAAAAGCCAUAUUGACCAAUCAUAUCUUACAGAUUUUUCACCAAUCACGGCAUUCGGUAUUUUCGAUGGUCAUAAUGGUCCAGAAGUGGCUGAACACUGUUCUCACCUUACACCGUAUUUACUUAGUUUAGAGUUACAACGACAUAUUUUAUCAUCGUCAUCUAGUAUUAAUCGUAAUUAUUCUAAAUGUAUACCAGAUAUAUUAGCCGAAAUCUUUCAUCGAUUGAAUAAAUCAGUCAACAGUGGAAGAGCACAAAAGUUUUGGAAUUCUGGUACAACAGCUACAAUAUGUGCAUUUGCUGGUGAUACUAUAUGUACAGCUUGGGUCGGUGAUUCACAAGCUUGGCUUAUUUUUCCAUAUACAAAUGAUAUUAAUGAUGAUGGUAUUAUUAAUCAUAAUAAUAUAUUAAAAAGUAAUUUUAAUUGUUGCAAUAGUAGCGUACAAGAGAAUAAAAACAAUGAUCGUACUACUAAUACUAUUAGUAGUAGUAGUUUUUAUGAGUCACCGGAAAGAAUGUCUGUAUUAAUGGAAAUCCCGUCAUCGGAUAAAAAUCUCAUUGAUAAUAAUAAUACACGUGUUAUCAAGUCGACAUCGUUGAAUAUUAUGCCUGAUCGUUUAUCAUCAUCAUUAUGUAAUGGAAGUAUGCCUACUAGUCAAAGUGCUUCAAUCAUCGAGAAGCGUCAUCAUCAAAAACAAAAUACUCCACAGUCGGCAAUUGAAGUGAAACAUUUCACUGAAGACUCUUUCUCAUUAUUAAUGGAUCAGGAGAAUUCCAUGCAUAAUAACAGUAAUAAUAAUGAUGAAAUGGAUAUAAAUGAAUAUUUAGGCAUUGCAUUAACUGAUUGUCUACAUCGCCCGGAAUCACCUUCCGAAUUCGUUUCUAUCCUACGAACUGGCGGUUCAAUAUUAACUGAAGUUGGCUCUGAAAAUAGUUCAUCUGUGGAGAAUAAAAUUUUCUAUUCACAUUCACCUAAAGAUUCUAUGAUCAAUUUAGCUGUAACUCGUGGUGUCAAAGAAAAUACACCUAAUAAUAAUUGUUUUAGUAAAUGUAUUUCCAUACCACCUCUUGAUAAUCCAAGUUUAGUCGAUUGUAGAGUUGGAUGUUUAUCGUCGGUAAGUCGAUCAAUUGGUGAUGAUGAAACAGCGGUUGGCUUGAACGCCUUACCAUCCAUAACAAUUUGGUCAGCAGCUAAACAACAACAAUCAACGCAUCAUCGUAAUAAGACAACAACAACAACAUCAAUGCCUUUAUGCUUGAUUAUGGCAAGUGAUGGUCUAUGGGAUGUACCUUGUUGUUCUGGUCCAGAGAUUUCACUAAUGGCAUGGCAUUGGUAUAAAGAGCAUAUUUAUCAUAAAAAGGAAUGUAAAAAUCACCAUUCAUUUUCUGAAUUCUUAGUUAAUUUAGCUGUGCAAAAUGGUGCAUCAGAUAAUAUAACAUGUAGUGUAAUUUGGUUACAUAAAUGGAAACCAACAAAAUUAAAAGGUUGGACUGUUGACUGUCAAUCAUUAGCAUCAUCUAGUCUGGUUAGAUGGCCUAGACAUUCACGGGUUACUUCACUAGUCAAUGUAAAUUCCCCUACUGAUAUUUUCUUAAGAGGUCCACGAAAAUGUAUACCAUCUAAAAUGCCUCAGUUUGUUUCUCAACGAUCUUAUUCAUUAAAUAAUAUAUUUGAUAAUGAUUUAUCAACUCCACGUUAUUCCAGUCCUCCACGUGAUCUUGUAUAUCAUCAACCUGAUUGUAUAUCUUCAGACUAAAUCAACUAACUGUUAUUAUUUUGUACAAAUUGUAUGUUUGUGUAUUCAUGUUAUUCUUCUUCUUCUUCUUCUUCCAAAGUCUACUUUGUUUUCUUAAUAUUUCUUAUGAAUAAAACUUAAUUUUUAACCAUUUCGUAUCCAAUUGACUAAUAAUAAUCAUAACAACAAUAACAUAUAUCUACUGCAUAAAUCAUUAUACUACUGAUUUAUGACACUAUCAAGUUAAUGAUAUAACUGUGUGCAAAAUAGCGUUUGCAUUUGGGGUAAAAAUUGUUCUUGUUUUUUUUUUAUUACUAACUUUCAAAGGUCAAUUUCCGGUUUCUUAUUAACGUUUUUUUCUUCUUCAAAAAUAUUAAUGUAUUCAUAGCAAUUUGUUUAUUAUUGUAUUGUUCAUUUUGUACUUUUUCGGAAAACAACAAAAAAAGUUUAAUUCAUCAAUUU